CGGGGCGCGCGCGGCCGUUCGUCAGCCGGGCGGGGCCGCGCGUCAUGGUGGCCGGCCUGGGCAACUACGGUCUGCGGGGGACACGGCACAGCGUGGGCAUGGCGGUGCUGGACCAGCUGGCCCGGCAGCUGGCGGUGGCCGAGGGCUGGCGAGCAGACAGGCGGUGCUGCGCUGACGUGGUGAUGGCCGCGGCCCAAGGCCUGGAACUGGUGCUGCUCAAGCCACGGAGGUUCAUGAACCUCAACGGGCUCAGCGUCGCCAGUGCUGCUGAGACCUACAGCUUCCACCCAGAAGACAUUUACCUGGUUCAUGACGACCUGGACAAGGCCCUGGGCAAGGUGGCGAUCAAGCUGGGAGGCAGCGCAAGGGGACACAACGGGGUCCGAUCCUGCAUCAGUGCUUUGCGCUCCAACGAGAUGACCCGGCUCAGGGUCGGCAUCGGGCGACCGGAGGGCACAGUGACAGUGUCCAGCUACGUCCUGUCUCCGUUCAGCCCCCAGGAGCAGGAGAGGCUGGAGCAGGUCCUGGCCCAGGCAGCGACGUUCCUGCUGGAGCACAUCCUGCGGAGGAGAGCGCCCAUGGGGGAGCCGGGGGACAGGGGCUGACGUGAACCCCCAGGGACCUCUGUGGCCGAUGGACAGGGUGCUGUGGACUCUCCAGGGUGACUGUGGUGCGGAGCAGAGCUGGCCCUGCUGGGCAGCCCGGCCGGGCGCUGGAAUAGCCCCUGUGUGUCCCCACGCAGAUCCAGGCAGCUGGUGUCCCUGCAGUGGCCUCGUGGCACUUUGGCACAGAAAUUAAAUAAACCCUCACCCCUG